AUGAAAGUCGCAUUCCGUCAAUGGAAGAUUAUGUAUGCUGCCGUGAACUUGCUCAGCAACUGGAUGAGCAUUUUUUAAAAGGAGACGGCGAAAAAUUUUUUGAAGUAUGGGAGUCUCUUGUAGGAAAACCCGAAGAAUCUCUUGCUGAUCCUAACUAUGAUCUGUUUCUCUUGGUUGAUUUCAAAUUACAAGUAUAUUUUACAGUUUUCCAAACUUCAAUUAACAAUGCGGAGAAGAAAGCGAGAAAAAAAUUCUCUAACUUUCUGCAAGAAAAAGGUUCCGUUUAUUCCAAGUUUAAUGAGUUGGCACCUUAUUUUGCAAUUCCAUACAUCGAGAACCAAAAUCAUUUUCUGCUGAAUGAAAUUCUUAAAGAUGAGUGGGUGCAACAUUUAAAAACGCAAUGGAAAGAUUAUUUAGAGAAGAGAAUCACUCAUAUUCAUGGUGAUGACAAAAUAAGACUUGAACAACAAAAUAGAAAAUAUUUCAAUUUAAAAGCCAAAUUCACGAAAUUAAAAGAUGAUCAUAAGUCACUCUUAGAUUUGGCCACUCGUUUAGUUGCAGCUCUAGAGGAAUCAAUUCGGGGAGAUACGAAAUGUUCUCUUGAGACAUUUGAAAACUACAAUCAACAAAUAAUGAUUUAUUCUCAUAGUCUUUUAAAAACGAAUAUUUCCGAGGGGGAGCAAAAAAGUUCUCUAGAGGUAGGUUUUCAAUGGGAAGCUCGUUCCCUUCGGACAUCGACAUCAGUUGAAACAAUUGGUUCAAAAAAUUCUUUGUAGAUCGGAAAAUCUUAUUUAUUUACAUUAUUGUCGAUUAUUAUUAACCAUUUACACACAACAUUUUUAAAGUGGUUUUAUUGAUUUAUUCGAAAUCUACCCGUGGAUUUUUUGUUUGUUUGUUUUUAUGAUGUUAAUUCGUUUCAUUUAAUCGUCUGUUCUAUCAAUAUGUUGUUUUAUCAUGCACACACAAAUAAAAAGCGCUUCGUGUUUA